GGCUUACAUGGCGAGCGUUCCUCGCUGAAUUCUUUCAAAGUAGUUGGGCUUGUGCUGCGCUGUUGGUUGAAUUUGUUUGUUUUGAGGGUUCUUUGCGAACCCGAUUCCUAAACUAAGUCAAAGUGCAUCGUAGUUCAUUGAAUCAAAACUUCAAACGCGAACCUUUCGGUGACCAGCGAUGAGAUAAAGUGAUUGUUUAUUGGCAACAGCUAUGUCAACAAUUGAAGAGCGCCGAGCGUAUCUCGACAGUCCGUACUUCAAGUCACACAUUUACGGGAACUUCUCGCCGUUCUACGCCACCAUCGCCGUCUGCACCGCGUUGGGCGUUUUCCUGCUGGUUUUGAACGCGAUCUGCACCUGUUGCUCGAAGCACCGUCAUUAUUGGAAGGAUCGCCACACAGGAAACCGGUGGCUGGUAUCCUUUUGGACAGCGACUCCGCACAAGCAGCCCCCGUUGGAUUUCACUGAGCUCCGCGACGUGAGCGAGUUUAAACCAAUUCGGCACAUCGAAGACGUCGAGCAGGCUGAAUACAUUCCCCCAGCCCAGCACCACCAACAUCAUCCACAACCGCAUCCAAGCCGAUCAUACUCCCAACACCCGCACACUCGCGAAGAAUUUGUAGAACUGCAAAAACGCGAAAGCGACAUCUAAAAUUCUAAAUUCAGGAUCUCCGAAAGGAACCCAA